AUGGAGCGUCUUGUCUCACCGAGCCCCUCCUGGAACAAUUCUCUCUCCGGCCUCCCCAUACUUCAAGCCUCGCUGCUCUCGAAUAUCUCUAAUGGGACCUCGCCCGUCGCAAGCCUCCGAGGUGGGGUAGAUCUGAGCCAGUCCUUGGCACUGUGUGCUAUGCUCCUCAUCGAUGUGCUGGCUGUGGUGGGGAACUUGGCCGUGAUGAUUGUCAUCUCUAAAACGCCACAGCUGCGCAAGUUUGCCUUUGUGUUCCACCUGUGUCUAGUGGACCUGCUGGCAGCGCUGGUGUUGAUGCCUCUGGGGAUGCUGUCAGACCGAAUCCUGGUGGACGAGGCGCUGUGUCGGAGUUACCUUUGCUUGAGCGUGUGUCUCGUGAGUGCUGCCAUCCUCACCAUCUGUGCCAUCAAUGUGGAGCGCUACUACUACAUCGUCCACCCCAUGCGUCAUGAGGUGAAGAUGACAGUGGGGGUGGUGGUGAUGGUGCUAGUGGGAAUCUGGAUUAAAGCCGUUGUCAUGUCGGUGCUGCCUCUCCUGGGAUGGCUGCUCCAGGGGAACCAGGGUGUGGGGACUCCUUUGGUCCUCAUUCACGGUCAGAGACACUGCUCCCUCCACUGGCCGGGAGGCAGGAACACACGGCUGCUCUUCAUGGUCUUCUUUACGUUCAUCUAUUUUCUGUGCCCCAUGCUGAUCAUCCUGGUGGUCUACUGCAACAUGUUCAAGGUGGCGCGAGUAGCAGCCAUGCAGCACGGCCCCCUUCCCACUUGGAUGGACACGCCGCGACAACGGUCCGAGUCCAUCAGCAGCCACUCCACCAUGGGGGCCAGCCUCGGUGGAACUGGCGCCCGCACCACCCCUCAAAGGACCUUUAGCGGCGGGAAGGCUGCAGUGGUCCUGGUGGCGGUGGGAGGCCAGUUCCUCUGCUGCUGGCUGCCAUAUUUCUCCUUCCAUCUCUACUCGGCUUCGGCGUCUACCUCUCCCGCCACGCUGGCCCAGCUGGAGGAUGUGGUCACAUGGAUUGGCUAUUUUUGCUUCACCUCCAACCCCUUCUUCUACGGCUUCCUGAACCGACAGAUUCGCGAGGAGCUGGGCCGCCACCUGACUUGCCUCUUCAAGCGGGCCGGGCCCAUUGAAGAGGAGCAGCUGCCCAGCCGUGAGGCCUCUAUUGAGGAGAACUUUUUGCAGUUCCUUCAGGGCACUGGAUGCAAUCUGGAGCCCUGCAACUCUCACAGCAGAGCCAGCCCAGAGGAGACCGAGGGCCUUCAGGAAUCAGCUGUUCAGCAGAACACGCCAGCUGAUUUCCACAUCCCAGGGCAGAUCCUUGAGGAAACCUCAGAGUUCAUACAGCGGCAACAGCUGAACAAUGAGCUACAUGUAUCAGAGAACUGCUGCAAAACUGUACCCGAGCUGUAGCCGCCUCUCAUGUACUCACUUUUGCCAUCUAUAAUCCAAUAAAUAUACUUAGUUUUAUUCAUAUUUUCAAAAAUGUGUAAAAUUAAUACAUCUUUUGUUCAUGCUACAACAGUGCUUUUAAGCUAAAAACCAAGUGAACUGCAAAACACCGUGUCUUCUUUGAAGAACUUAAGCUGUGCAGCUUUUCAGAGAAAGAAAAAAAACGGAUUUAUCAUGUGCAUCGUCUCACUCGUAUCAUGGAGAAUUACAUGCUUUGAGAGCCAUACUGUACAGAGUCGGGCUUUUUCUAUGCGAUGUUAGCAGAUGGACACUAAACCCUUAUUGUGUUAAUCACAGGUCAGCGGUGUGACAAACAUCACAUUGAAAUAAAAAGUGCUGAAACUCUGUGAGAGCAAAACUUCAGGGGGGGACACCGUUUUCACAGUUAAUGGAAAAAGAGCCAUUAAAUGACAAUUUUGAGACAAAUGCUCAUUGAAAUGUGACUUUGCAUGCAUGCAUUCAUUCCUUUUUAAAAGUUGUGUUCUCCAUCAGACAUUAGAAUAUAAUGUUCACUGUGAAAUUAAUCAUAACACAUCACUGCCAUUACAUCUGCAUCUUCCUCCUGUGGGAUCCUUUUUUAUUUUUACUACAGGGCAAAAUGUUCCCUCAGUUUAGUUUUUAAAGACUUUAAGAAGCCCCUUGACAAUCAGUUCAAAUUGACUCAGUGACUCAACUCAGUGAUACAGCAGGUUCUCUAUGAACAGACGUUUUAUUAUGAUUAUUUAUGAUCUAACAAUAAAACCUACUCUUCUGCACCAACAAAGUGUUAUUUUGUAGAACUGUCUGUUGGAAGAAAAACUAAAGUAAAAGGUAAAGGUUGUGAGUUAUUGUUUAGAAUCUGUUUCCAUCAAAGUGUAUUUAUUCCACUUGCACAUCUCAUAACACCAAGAAAAUAAUGCAAAAAUGUAGUUGUUUUCCCAGUAGAGAUGCAUGAAUAUUCAGAUUCAUUUUAAAAAUUGUCUUUCCACUUGAAAUAUUCAUCGUGUUGAACAGGAUCAUUUCACAGCUGGUGCUGCUGCUGGUAUUUAUAAUAAACAGGCUGACACACCAACGUAUUUUUAGUAAUUUUCCAGGAACAUCAUUAUCAUGUUUAUCUAGUCUUGUGAUUAUCACCUCCUCACCAAAAUCAUCUCACAUUGGUACACUCGUGAUUUCACCCUCUUCCACUCAAAGAAAAACAUUGUGACUGCUUUAAUUUGUAUGACACUGGUGGUGUUAGGGAUUUAAGCUUUGUAAACAUCAUAGGCUAACGGCACAGUUAAACUGUCACUUUGUUGAAACGAGGCGGCAUGUGGACAGAUUCGGACAUCGCGACCGGUCCCCAUUAACCCCUGAUGUCUGUGCUGUUUACAGGUAAACACCAGAGCAGUGGGAGUGCGCCUGUGUUUGUGCUCUAAACAACCAGGCUUGUUGUGGCUACACAGCACACAGGUGAGACAGUGCUUACACAUGGCAAGCUUUGCCUUUCGCCUCAUUUAGCAACAAAUGGAAGACUCUUGUGAUACUUUCUCUGAUCUCAGGUGGAAUACAAACAGUUUGCACAAGUCACACGAGCAGUGACAAAUGUUCCAAAGAAAAUGACAAGGCACAAAAACACAAUUUUGUCUAUUUUUAUACUUGCUCAUUCUUGUUGCCUUCAUCUAUUUUGGACUGCCUCACACUGGACUGUUAGAAGGAUCACAAGACGUACAGGAGGUUCAUAUUUUGCUGGGAGUCAGAACAAAAAAAAGGCCCCUUUGUAAGGAGGAGGCCAACUGUUCUUAAUUUUCCUGCGAUAUGACGUUGUUGCUGACUGUUUUUCAGAUGGGGUCGUCAUGUCACCUUGUUUUAAAAUGUUUCUUUUGUGUGCAGUAAUGUGAGGGCCCAAAAAACAGUGAGCUCAAGACGAAAUCACUGCCAUGAUCCUCAAUGUUCUACAGUAUGUAUGCAUUUUUUAAAUUAGUAAUGUAAAAAAAUAGAUUAUUAUAAGAAUUAUUAAUAUACAAUUUUAUGCAACAAAAUAACAAUAAAACUACCUUGAUUGAUUCCACCAGCAUACAGGAAAAAGAGUUUGUUUCUCUUUAGAUAAUCUUCCUCAUUGAGCCUUAUUGAUCAUCUCCUCUUCAUGGUACAAUGUUGUAAUAAAUUCAGAGAUAUUUCAUAUAGUCUGGGGUCAUUAAAAAACCCCUUAUGUUGAUUGAAUCUAUUCAAUCAGCUGGAUUUCCAUUACCCUAGCAGCAAAAUUGCCCCGACCAAUCUGAUUAAAUGCUUUAAGCUCUAUUUCUGCCACCAUCUGUUGAUUACGAGGGCAGAGAAAUAUGCUGUUCUGAAGGUGAACAGCAGAUAAUAUUCCCAGCCUCAGGAAUAUUCACGGACAUUUGUCAGCCACAGUUUUGUUCAUUGUAAAUCAUCAAUACAGUCAAAAUAUUCAUUUCUCUCUCAGUCGUUUUUUGUUUUUUGUACCUGAGCUGAAAAGACUGUUCUGAUUCUUCAUUAUUAGGCUUUGUGUGUCCCUUGUUAAGAUUUCCCUGUGUAUCAGUUGAAAUGAUUAAAGACACAGCACAAGUUUAACUCGA